AUGUGCUCUUCCUUUCGCAAGCCAUUAUAUAAUGUUCUGGCAGUGGGAGGUGCACCGCACGACCACAGUUCUCAGUUUCUCACACACCACAGAACAGAUACAGAGGGUCUCCUCUCUUCCUCUUCCUCUAGCCACUUACACUGCACUCUAGCUAGCUUGACACCACUUAGUAAGCUAAGCAUGAGCCAGAUAAUGACGAGCGGUGAAGUGUCCAUGGAUUCGCCGGCGAGCUCAUGCGUGUUGUUGGAUGCAGAGGUGGAGAUGCCGAUGGUGGUCGCUGGAUGCCCCCAGUGCCUCAUGUACAUGAUGCUCACGGAUUCAGAAGAAGAGAAGCAACCCAAGUGCCCCAGGUGCAAGAGCCCCGUGCUGCUGCACUUCCACAAGUACUGUGACACGAAGAACAAGACCUAA